GAUUCUAUUCCUGUGAUGUUCUUCAGGAGAAACGGGCUCGGGAAAGACCACUCAGAUCCCUCAGUAUCUCUACGAAGCAGGAAUUGGCCGCCAGGGCAUCAUUGCUGUGACACAGCCUCGCAGAGUAGCAGCUAUCUCCUUAGCUACCAGAGUCUCAGAUGAGAAGAGGACGGAACUGGGGAAACUGGUUGGCUACACUGUGCGCUUCGAUGACCUCACAUCUGAUGAAACUAGAAUAAAGUUCUUGACGGAUGGCAUGCUGCUUCGUGAAGCCAUUGGGGAUCCUAUAUUGCGGAAGUACAGUGUUGUCAUCCUGGAUGAAGCCCAUGAGAGGACAAUCCAUACUGAUGUGCUGUUUGGAGUGGUGAAAGCUGCACAAAAGAAACGAAAGGAAUUGGGCAAACUGCCCCUCAAGGUGAUUGUCAUGUCAGCUACGAUGGAUGUCGAUCAGUUCUCCCAGUACUUCAAUGGAGCUCCUGUUCUCUAUUUAGAAGGCAGGCAACAUCCCAUUCAGGUCUUCUACACCAAACAGCCUCAGAGCGAUUACCUCCAAGCAGCACUGGUGUCAGUCUUCCAGAUCCACCAGGAAGCACCACCUUCUCAGGACAUCCUUGUGUUUCUAACCGGUCAGGAAGAGAUUGAAGCGAUGACCAAAACUUGUCGAGACAUUGCCAAGCACCUCCCUGAUGGCUGCCCACAGAUGACAGUGAUGCCUCUUUAUGCUUCUCUGCCCUACUCUCAACAGCUCCGAGUCUUUCAGGCUGCCCCCAAGGGCUGCCGCAAAGUGAUCCUCUCCACCAACAUCGCAGAAACCUCCAUCACCAUUUCGGGUAUAAAGUAUGUUGUGGACACAGGCAUGGUCAAAGCAAAGAAGUACAACCCUGAAAUUGGUCUGGAAGUGCUGGCAGUCCAGCGAGUGUCAAAGGCCCAGGCUUGGCAACGAACAGGGAGAGCAGGGCGAGAGGACAGUGGGAUCUGCUACCGGCUCUACACUGAGGAUGAGUUUGAGAAGUUUGACAAAAUGACAGUACCUGAGAUACAGAGGUGUAACUUGGCCAGUGUGCUGCUACAGCUCUUGGCCCUGAGAAUUCCCAACAUACUCACCUUUGACUUCAUGUCCAAACCAUCUCCUGAUGCUAUUCAAGCAGCCAUUGAGCAGCUGGACCUGCUGGGGGCUGUGGAGCGAAGGGAAGAUCAGCUUGUCCUAACUCCCCUGGGAAGGAAGAUGGCAGCCUUCCCACUGGAACCAAAGUUCUCUAAAACCAUCCUCCUGUCCCCAAAGUUCCAUUGCACAGAGGAGAUUCUGACCAUCGUAUCGCUGUUAUCAGUGGACAGUGUCCUGUACAACCCCCCGGCACGGCGGGACGAGGUGCAGUCUGUCAGGAAGAAAUUUAUCUCAAGUGAGGGGGAUCACCUCACCCUGCUCAAUGUGUACAGAGCCUUCAAAAAUGUCAGUGGCAACAAGGAAUGGUGCAAGGAGAACUUUGUCAACGGCAGGAACAUGAUGCUCGUGUCAGACGUGAGAGCUCAGCUCAGGGACAUUUGUGUAAAGGGUGCUGUAAGAUGUGACCAGCUGCUUUGUCUCUCUGGCUGCCAUCCAGUUAUCCUUGCCCAUGGAAUCCUCCCGCUCCGACACCGCCAACAUCCGCCGCUGCCUGGCUCACAGCCUCUUCAUGAACGCCGCCGAGCUGCAGCCGGACGGCACCUACAGCACUGUGAACUCUCACCAGUUGGUGGCCAUCCAUCCCUCUUCUGUGCUCUUCCACUGCAAACCCUCCUGUGUGGUUUACAACGGGCUGCUGCACACCAACAAGUGCUACAUGCGGGACCUGUGCGUGGUGGAUGCAGACUGGCUGUACGACGCAGCGCCCGAUUAUUUCCGAAGGAAACUCAGAGCAGCCAAGAACUGAGCCGGGCUGUGGGACCUCCGGGUGCAGGGCUUUAAGGUUGGCGCUGUAGGACUGUUUGCUGUUUUGUAAUGAGUGUACAGGAACUGCAAGGUUUUGUCUUGCCAAUCAACCUUGCAGGAA